GAUUUCGUGGAGCAGUAAGCUUUGUCAAGUCACAGUGAGACGCUCGAUAGGCAGUCUAGAAAAUCUUCGCAUUAUUUGAUCAGAAUAAUGCUUGCCACUUUUUACGAAUUAUUUUAAGAUCAAAGACAAGGCAUUACACAGAUUCAUCUCCCGUGUUUGUGUUUUGCGUGGCGUGACGACAACAGCGUUGUCUCCCCCUCGAGCGCAACUAGUCCAGACAUGAGUAACGUUAAUCUGAUUUUCUGGGACCACUUGCAGGCUGGCAGCUCCGAUGUGGAUUGGUGUGAAGGCAAUUACCUUAUUUAUCCUAGCAUCGCAGAGUUUUACAACACGAUCAGCAACAUUUUGUUUUUUGUUUUGCCCCCCAUACUAAUGUGCUUGUUUCGCCAAUAUGCAACACAUUUCAACAGUGGGAUUUACCUCAUUUGGACUCUGCUGGUCGUGGUGGGUAUCGGAUCAACAUACUUCCACGCUACCCUCAGCUUCCUGGGCCAGAUGCUGGAUGAGUUGGCCAUCUUAUGGGUGCUCAUGUGUGCCAUUGCCAUGUGGUUCCCUAAAAGAUACUUACCCAGGAUAUUCAGGAGAGAUCGGUCGAGGUUCAAAGUGGUCAUCGGCAUCCUGUCAGGGAUCACUACAGGGUUGGCCUUUGUUAAACCUGUUGUAAACUCCUUGUCGCUCAUGACUCUUGGCAUCCCGUGCACCGUGCUGCUCAUCACCGAGCUUAAAAGGUGUGAAAACCCACGUGUGUUCAAGCUGGGUCUGAUCUCAGGGAUCUGGUGGGCUCUGGCACUACUCUGCUGGCUCAGUGACAAGAUUUUCUGUGAAAUGUGGUCAUCUGUAAACUUUCCCUACCUACACUGUGCUUGGCACAUCCUCAUUUGUCUGGCUUCCUACUUGGGUUGUGUCUGCUUCGCCUACUUCGACGUUGCGAGCGAGGCUCCGGAGCGAGGUCCAGUCAUCAUGUUCUGGCCCAACGAGAAAUGGGCCUUCAUUGGCGUCCCCUACGUUUCAUUCCUCUUUGUGCAUAAGAAGUCGGCUAUCAAGGUGACUUAAGGUGAUCCACGUCUGCUCAGCUGGUUGCACUUUAGCAUUUCUCACCGUGCCGUGUCCCUACAAGAUUUAUCACCAGACCGCUUGCCUCCUGUAAACUGUUCGGAUUGGAUCACAGUGGUCUUUAUAACCAAGUAGUACUUCUGCAGCACUGUCAAAAGAACGAAACCUGCCACAAACAACGCAACUUGGGGGACAUUGCUGGUGGCUUCCUACGAUGUCAGUCUUUUAAACAUGCAUUGAAGUUUGCCAGGAGGAGCAUGUGAAAUGUUAUUAAAAGUAUUAUGCAUUUUCCGCUUUAUUAAAUAGUUUGUAAAUGUUUUUGUAACUCAGAAUACAAAUGUAAAGUAUCAUAUUGCCUUUACAAAUAAACUGCAUCUAAUAGGUGCACUCUGGCCGUUAUGACACCAGCAUUAUAGACUAUAAUGCACUGGAUACAACAACUGUGAUUAUUUCAUCAUAUACAAAAUGAGCUGCUCAGUGCAACUCUUCCACUGAUGUCUUUGAUACCAGCAUGAUAAUGUGGUUGAUUGGAAUGCUACAGUACAAAAAUUGCCAAACCUAUUCUUGUACUUUAUUAACCAAUGAUGUCUUUGUAUAUUAAUCAAUGAAGAGCCAUAUACCCAAAAUGUCAAAAAGUGAAUGUCGACAUCAAAAUGGAUUGGAAUUAGCAAAGGACAAACAGAAAACUACUAACACAACAUUUCAGGUCCAUUGUUUGUCUUUCAUUUUAAUUUGUUAAGCUGCAAGUAACUUUCAUAUGUUUUGUAACUGUUUUAUAUUGAUGGAAGUUUUUAGCAGACAUCUCAAAUAAUGUCAUGGUCUCUAGGGUUUAUUCAUUCCAGAUUCAGUAUGUGAGACUAUAAACUUGGAAAAUGUAUGACAAUUAUGUGCAAAGCCUAAAUCAAACUGGAUAAUAGAUUUCCGAAGAAAACAAAAUUGCAAAGCUCUCCUGUAAACAUGGUACAGGAUAUACUGUAUGCUGUCCAAAGUUAGUAUAUAUUUCCUCCUAAGGGAAGCAGAGUAGGCUUAUUGCAUGAAGUCACAAACUGAUUUAUUCAUUAGAUUAGUUGAUAAAAUAAUUGGACAGAUUUUUAAUGUCCAGUAUAAGGCUGUUUAUUUGAGCAAAAAUCAGGCGAGUGUUAAAUUUUUAAAGGGAAACAUGGCUGCCAAAGAGCUUUUAAAAAAAAAAAAAAAAAAAAAAAAAAAGCUUCAGGUCAAAUGAUUGUGUUCCAUGAGAGAAAACUGCCUCGAACUAACUCACAUGCACACAUGAAGGCUCAAAUGAAGAAUUGAAACAGAAACCUUUGUCCUGAUGAUAGUGCUAUAUAUAGACCCAAAAAUAAUUUAAAUAUAAUACAAAAAAUAGAAAUUAAAAAAUGUAUACAAAUCAUAUGAAAUAUGCGGUUUUAAUAUUGUAUUAUUACUACCUUUGUAUUGCCAAAUACUAUUAUAUUUUUAUUGUAUCCUCCAGACAUGCAAUAUUGGCAAUGUGAGCAAUGUCUUCUUGUGGAGCUGAAGAAUACAUGAUUGUGUAGUUUUGAAUGAAUUGCCGUGUACAUUGUGCAAAAAAAUUAUUUAAGUGAUAUUUGAAAACUGUUUUUUAUGAUCACAAAGCAAUAUUUGGUGUAUUUUUACAUGGACUUUUGUGUAUGUUGUUUUUUCCUUCAUCGGCGACACAGAAUUAUUUAUUUUCAUAAUUUAUCCUGUUUUGUAAACAAAUAUUUGUAACAGAUUAUAAUAUUGGUACUUUAUUUUAUGCAAUAAAUGGAGCCAAUGACUCCCACAUCC